UAGCACAGAAAUAUCCCAAGCGGGCUCGCACGUUUUCUUGCAAGGUGAGAGGCAAGAAAUAAAAGACAAACACAAGAAAUGCAGAUAGAUGUUAAUUGUGAUCUUAAAAUUUUGUUACGUAAUGUCCGGCGAAAAACACAAGCUUUUUAAAAGCAAUAUCACUUCGGAAGGUGGUAUUGAAUUGUUAAUGUUUCGCAUGUCAACAUCGUUGCCGGCGGCGAUUCGCAUUUUUAAUCAGAGUGACACCUGCCUAGCACGUGUCAAACACAUGAUAAACAUGCAAGUGCGCUCACAUUUUGUAUCGCGUGAACAUGGCCAUGAAUGUAAAUAAGGGAUAUGUCAUGUAAGCAAACCAAGAAUGAAUUUCAAUAAGACAGUGCACUCACUGAGCACGUGUAUGUACGUGACAAAAUUUUGCAGUUUUCUUUCACUGGCAAACUGGGUUUAUUUUUCUCGAUAUCAGACGUCGGUAUUCAAACCUCUGCAGAAACGCCUCACUAAGGGUCACCGCCGAGCGGUCCCUCGCUUUCUCGCCGAUUUAAUUCCCUGCUAUAAAAUAGCAAAGGAUUGAAUUUUGUUUUAAAAGCGAAGAAAUUGUUUAUCACCAAAUACUGACAGCUAGCUUAUGAGUCUCAAGCGCAGGGAUUGCGCCAGUGUCUGUCAAACUAGCCUUCGAAUAGCGAUUUGUAAACAACCGAAAGGACAGCGCGGAACAAGUCACGAACUUACAGGUUCCUAUGGCGAAUGUGGAGGCUCAAAGCCGUGGUUAUUGCAGUCGACGAUUGUGCCAGCUACCUUUAUGUCACUUCAACUCUACUGGUAUCAAAGUUUCUGACUGGUGGUUGUUUCUUUUCCUGUCGUAUGUUGGCAGUCUACUGGUUGGGACUAUUUUUGUUGUGACAGGAUUUGCUUCAACAGACUUUGAAAUGUCCGCUGUCGGAGUGGUUUUAGUUAUCGCUGGCGCAUGUUUGGCGGUCGUCUGUGACCUACUUCGUAGAUUCGGAUGCGGCUGGACCAAGGUGGCCACAGAAGCGGCAAAUUCUGGGCGAAUCAUUCAAAGUGACUCAGAUUUUACGUUAUCUAUUCCAUAUCUUCCCGGCUAUCCGGGAUUUAAUACUGCUGUGGACGACAGACGCCCUGAUAACCCUCCUCCGUACGACAUCAGCGAGUCCUACGAAUCUGCGGCCCGUGUCACUUUAAGUUGUACCUGCGGGACGUCUUUGAGAACUGAAAACGCUCAAUCUUCUGAUGCUGGUUGCAUGCCUUCCUUCGAAAGACAAUCUGCGUCUUUAGAGGGACAACCUGAUGAAACGUCUUUUAGGUCUGACAAUGUUCGACAACUGCCUUGUCAGCAUGUUGCGUCAAACGCAACACUUGUGCGCGCGGGCUUUUAUCCCAGAACUAUAAUUAAACCUUCUCCACCACCGUACGAUUUUGUCGUAGUCAACAGUGCGGGAAGCAUAUCGUAUUUAUGUGACUCGCCACCACCCUAUGGGGAUUUUGUCUAAACAUCUAAAGGAUCUACAUAAGACGAACAUUUAUAGGUGCUAUGUACUGUAAUACCUAGAAAUCUCUCGAAUAGCUAAGAGCUGUUCGCUUAAAGACUUCGGUUAACUGCUAUUUAAGUAGUACUUAAAGGCUGCGCUCACAUCAAUACCGUUAUUUGUAGUUUGCUCGGGUUCGUUUUUAAUUAAAUGACGUCAGACUACAGACUAACUCGUAGUUAGCAGAUGAUGUCAGAAUUAAAAGCAGUACAUAAUUUCGUGAAGGACACACGUUUUGUUUUCGUAUUAUGCAAAUUUUUCUUAAUUUUUUUUCACCCUUUUUUCGCGCUUUGUUUUCGAUUUUGUAUAACUAUGUUCAUCUCACAUGUCCUAGACUGCUUUUUAAUUGGCUUUCGUAUGCUUGUAAACUUAGGUAUAAUUAACCCAUGCAUCCAGCUUAGGUGCAACUGCAACUGUAUUGUUUAGGAUCAUCGAAGCAUGCCAGUAUAAAUUUGUAAAUAGAGAAGAGGUCAGAGUAUCGAAAGAGCUAACUAAAGUUACUUUAGUAGUACUCUUUUGUUGUAUAAUUUUAUAAAGAAUCUUACAAGAAUCUCUUUAUGAGAAAAUUUAAGAAUAUGUUAUGGAUAUACCCAGGGCUGAGGCUUUGUUAAGAUAUAUUGCUUGCGUGCUGGUGUCAAAUAAACUACCGGCAACAAAAGCACAUAAGGUUUUUUUUUUUUCAUGAACUGUAUCUUACCAUUGCAAAGUAUGGCAAAUUCUCUCCUUUUUCCAACAACACUAGCUAUCAAAACGACGGAUAAAAACUUACCUAUAACGACACGCGCGCCGUGUAACACGAUCCAGGCACGGUACAGGUUUAUAUCUGAUUGGUCGAUUCCUGGUCCGUUUAAUUUAACUGAAAUACAUGUACUAUACUCUGUAAUCUAAGAAUGUACAUCCUAACCCAAAGUUUGAUAUGACAAGAAUAUCGACCGAAAAAUCGACCGAAACAUCGACCGAAAAAUAAGAAUUUUCAUCCUAGGCGGUUAAAAAUAUACACUCAUGUAGAUAAAAAACCAGUGUUAGUAAUAGCCUCCACAGAUUUGACCACCACCACUGAGAUACGGAUAUUUAUUGUUGAACUACUAUAAUUUUUAAAUGUUUGUGAAAGUAACCUAUUUUAAUUUAGUCAUGAAUUUCAGUAUAUUCGUUAAUUCGACACAGGAGCAUAACAAGUCCCAUUCAGGCCCCGAGUAGAAAUAAAACUAAAUGUACCAAACGCCGGCAUGGUGCCCUAAUUGUACCUUUGAACGAAUUCAACGCCGAAAAAGGUAGAAAGGAACUUUCAUCGUUCCUUGUAAUGAUUACCGUACUAAAAAAUUUAACAAAUUCUGCAAGUCCGAUCGAGAGAGUUUCCAAUUAAAAGGUAGCAGGAGCAAGGCAGCAUGGUGCAAUAAGCUGACGAAAAUCAUACGUGGGCUCAUUGACUUCUCGCUGCGGUGAAGCUCAGUGCAUGGAAUCAGAGACUCCGCUCGCCACACCUUCGCUCGCUCGCGUUCGCGAUCGCUUAUCGCACAUUUUGCGCUCGCUCCCCACGUUUCGCGCGCUUACUCGCGUGUCGCAGUUGUCACUCGUUCGCCCCAACCUCGUUCCCAGGGCUUUUCCUAUUGAAAUUUCAAAGGGAAAAGCAUUGGAAACGAGAUCGUCGUUCGCCUCAUAAUCAACAGGA